AUGAAUGGGAACAAUAACUUCACCUUGUGUCCGAUCUCAGACUCGUACAAAAGGAUCCUGCUCCCUCUGACCUACAGCCUGGUGUUUGUUCUGGGUCUGACCCUGAAUGGAGCACUGCUGUGGGUGGUGUGCUUCCGUACCCGGACCUGGAGCUGCUCUGUCAUCUACCUGACCAACCUGGCCGUGGCUGACCUGCUGUACGUGCUGUCCUUGCCGCUGCUCAUUGUCAGCUAUGCCAUGGAUGACGUAUGGCCCUUCGGUGACAUAAUCUGCAAAGUCGUCCGAUUCUUCUUCUGUACGAACCUCCACUGCAGCAUGAUGUUCCUCAUGUGCAUCAGCGUGCACCGGUUCCUCGGUGUGUGCUACCCGAUUACUGCACUCCGCUUCAGGACCAAAAACCUGGCUGCUUUGACGUCUGGCUCGGUUUGGGUCCUGGUGAUGCUGGAGAUAUCACCAACCCUUGUGUUUGCCCACACCGGGUUCAUCAACAACAUGACGGUGUGCUAUGAAAUGACCAACCCUGGCCAGUUGUAUACUUACUUUCCUUACGACAUGUUUCUGGACGUGGUUGGAUUUCUGGUACCUUUUAUGAUUAUUAUAAUCUGUUACUGCUCAAUGAUGAGAGUGCUCUACCGGGCUGGAAGGGACAACUCACAGGUAGGGACAGAGAAUCUCAACAAGUCCAUACGCACCAUUCUGGCGGUGUGCUUGAUGUUCGUGCUGUGUUUUGUGCCUUAUCACAUUGCGCGGAUAGUGUGCCUGUUCAUACGCGUCUAUGUAUCCAGUGACUGUAGAGUCAUCAACUUGGUGAUGAUCGGCUAUAAGAUAUGGAAACCCCUGGUCAGCUUCAACAGCUGCGCAAACCCACUGCUGUACUUCCUGGGUUCGGACAGGCAACGGAAGAAGCUCUGGGCCCAGUUAUUUAGGAGUAAGAUGGUCCAUCCCGCGGUGUGCACAGUACAGCCAGAUAUAGUACCCACCGUGUCUGGUACUGCCAGAAAUCAGUGA